GCUCCGCACUGCCGACUCCCGCGCUGUGAGGGCGGCGCGGCUGCUGCUCUUCGGCUCGCUUGGUUCCCUUAGUCCCGAGAGCUCGCCCGCUGCAGCCUCCUUUCCCGUGCAGACAUGGCUUCAAGCACCACCACCACCGUCGUGAAGAUUGGAAUAAUUGGUGGAACAGGCCUGGAUGAUCCAGAAAUUUUAGAAGGAAGAACUGAAAAAUAUGUGGAUACUCCAUUUGGCAAGCCAUCUGAUGCCUUAAUUUUGGGGAAGAUAAAAAACGUUGAUUGCGUCCUCCUUGCAAGGCAUGGGAGACAGCACACCAUCAUGCCUUCAAAGGUCAACUACCAGGCAAACAUCUGGGCUUUGAAGGAAGAGGGUUGUACACAUGUCAUAGUGACCACAGCUUGUGGCUCCUUGAGGGAGGAGAUUCAGCCCGGCGAUAUUGUCAUUAUUGAUCAGUUCAUUGACAGGACCACUGUGAGACCACAGUCCUUCUAUGAUGGAAGUCAUUCUUGUGCCAGAGGAGUGUGCCAUAUUCCAAUGGCCGAGCCGUUUUGCCCCAAAACGAGAGAGGUUCUUAUAGAGACUGCUAAGAAGCUAGGACUCCGGUGCCACUCAAAGGGGACAAUGGUCACAAUUGAGGGACCUCGUUUUAGCUCGAGGGCAGAAAGCUUCAUGUUCCGCACCUGGGGGGCAGAUGUUAUCAACAUGACUACAGUUCCAGAGGUGGUUCUUGCUAAGGAGGCUGGAAUUUGUUAUGCAAGUAUUGCCAUGGCGACAGAUUAUGACUGCUGGAAGGAGCACGAGGAAGCAGUUUCGGUGGACCGGGUCUUAAAGACCCUGAAAGAAAAUGCUAAUAAAGCCAAAAGUUUACUGCUCACUACCAUACCUCAGAUAGGGUCCAUGGAAUGGUCAGAAACCCUCCAUAGCCUGAAGAAUAUGGCCCAGUUUUCUGUUUUAUUACCAAGACAUUAAAGUAGCAUGACUGCCCAGGAGAAAAGAAGACAUUCUAGCUCCAGUCAUUUUGGGAAUUCCUGCUUAACUUGAAAAAAAUAUGGGAAAGACAAGACAUUAUAUGUAUUAGAGACUCCUAAAUGACUUGGACAACUUCAAAAUACAGAAGAAAAGCAAAUGACCAGUAAACAUGGGAAAAAAUUUUUGCAUUUUAGGAAAAAGAAAACAAAAAACACACCAUUUUCUUCUCCACCCUAUUAAAUUCGCAACAAUAAAGGGUAGAGGGUAAUCUCUACUUUCCUAUGCUGCCAAAGAAUAUGAGGAAGAAAUGAGACUCUGGUUAUUUAGUGAUGCGACUGUAAAUUGGUACAUUAUUUCUAGAAGGCAAUUUGGUAAAAUGCAUCAAAAGGCUUAAAAAUACUGGCAUACUUUGUGCUGGGAACUCUACAUCUAGGAAUUUGUCUUUAAAACCGUAUCAGAGACACGUACAAACAAUUAUGUAUAAAGAAAGAUGUUUAAUAAUGAUAGUGAUAAUAGCAAAUAAUUAAAACAAUCUGAAUACCCAGCAAUUAGAGAUAAAUUAUGUCUUAGUUAUAUUUAGAUUGUGAAUCAGCCAACUGAAAAUCCUUUUUGAAUAUUUUAAUAUCCUAAAAAGACAUGGUUGUUCUAUAUAUGGAAUGAAAAAAUGGAUAUGGUAGCAUUUUAUAGUACUAGUUUUGCUUUAAAAUGCUGUAUAUAUAUAUAUACCAAAAAAACUCGAAAGAAAUACAUAUGUAACCUUGUUAUUGUAUUUGGGGGAGGGAUACUGGGAUAGUUUUUAUUUUUUUUGAAUCCUUCUGUGUCUUUACAUUUUUCUACAAUGAAUAUAGUUAAAUAGUAAAGUUGUUGUAAAAAUAAAAAUGGAUUUAGAAAAAUCCAGUUCUUGAAAACACUGUUUUUGGUAAUGAAGCAGAAUUUAAGAUGGUAAUAUUAAGAUGAAUGUCACUUAAGGAAGUUACAUCUUUAUUCUGCUCAAGAAAAGAAUCAUUGAUUUCUGUAGUCACAACAGUACUUGGGUUUGCAACAGCUUUCUGAGAAAAACUAAGUGUUUAAUAGUAAAGUAGUCUAAAAGUUAAACUAUUUAAAAGACUUAAUGCACAUAUUAUGGUUCUGAUAUUUUUUAAAGUAAUGCUUGAUUCUAUUUUUUAUGAGUUAAAAUAUUUUACAUGAGUUAAUUUUUGCUUUUUAAUAAAAAAGAGUGGAAGCUUGCUUUUU